UCAUGUUUAUUUACAGUGAGGCCAUAAUGGCGGUUUUAUUAAUAUUCUCUCUUUUAAACCACAGACCCUUCUAGCAUCACUGCAAGCAAAUACUCAGAACUAUAUAUUUGUUUUUCUUUUCUUUUUUUGUUCGCAGAACUGUACGUACUCGACUAACCCUAGGGUUUCAGCACGAUCAACUCGCAUUUGGUUUUUUUUCCUAGUUUCUGCUAUACUUUUUCUCCAGAAUGAGCGGCGGCGCUGCGUCACACGGCGGAACCGAUUCAAGCAAUCACGCCGGAGAAGAAGAGGUGACUAUCAACAUCAGCUGCUCCGACGGUGCGAAAUUCUCUGUUCAGGUGUGCUUGGACUCGACCGUUGUACUUUUCAAGUCAAUCGUUGCUCGGAAAUGCGAAAUCCCCACACGCCAGCAGCGCGUGAUCUACAGAGGCCGCAUUUUGGCGGACGAUCGUACCCUUCGGAGCUACGGUCUCGAGGCAGGUCACACUGUUCACUUGGUACGAAGUUCUGCGACAUCUGUACCUGCAGCUUCAACUGAAGCUGGCGCUCGUAAUUUCUUUCCUGGUUUUGAUGAAGGCGGGCCAGGUGGACCUGGACUUAUAUCUACAUUCUUUCCUGGAAUUCUCCGCGACGGAAUACGAAAUUAUAGUGAUAUAUAUGAACAUGUUCAGCAGCAGUUCAGACAAAACCCCAACCUGGUUAGCGAUUUUUUUAAUUCGCCAUCUGUUCGGAAUGUAAUGAGGAAUCCCGAAAUUCUGCGCACCAUGAUGUUGAGCAGUCCUGAAUCGCGCGAGAUUAUGGACCGUAACCCAGGGGUUACACGCACAUUUUCUGAUCCUAUAGCCUUCCAUUAUACAAUGGAAUCUGCGCGGUACCCUGAGAUAGUGCAUCGGGUUUACAAUACCCCUGCUCCGAAUAUAAACCCGCCUCGUAAUGGGACCUCUGCUGGCACUGGAGGAAUGCAGACAAACUUGGAUACACAGUCUGGGAACCUGGUGAACGUGGCUAACUCCAAUCAUGCUCAGUCUGUUCAUCACUUAGGUUCUACUGAGACAUUGCAGCAACUUAACAGAUCUCUGUCAUCUCGACUUGGUCGCCAGACAUCUCCAGAACCAGGUCAAAAUGCUGAGAUAACAGCUGGUAGAGCUGACAACUUGGGAUUGGAUACAUUGACGAACAUGUUUCGUGGACUUAGGACUCCUCCAAAUAGUUCUCAAGUUCCCCCUGAAGAAUUAUACGCCACUCAACUAUCUCAGUUACGUGAAAUGGGCUUCAUUGAUAAGCGAGAAAGCAUCACAGCAUUGAUUGCCUCUACUGGGAAUGUUACUGCUGCUGUGGAUCGCCUUACUGGAAAUCCUGGUCAAUAGAGUCGAUCUUACUAUCUUUUGUGUUCAUUCGUAGCUUUGGAGAUGGUACAAUUCAGUCAUUUAAUGCGACAAACCAAACUUCAAUGUGUUUCUUGAAACACCUUCCUUUUUGCCCUUUUGGUCCGUCCCGUGACUUAGAAAAAAAAAAACCGAAAACUAACAUGGCAUGAGCAAUAUUCAGUGUCUCGUAAAUGCGGUGUGGAGUGCAGUAUUUUCCACUUUUUGUAGUGCACUCUUUACAAUGACUGGUUGAGGGUGUUUUAAAUUCUUGAUAUUAUCGGUUCUAGAUGAUUUUUAUCGCUAAUGAAUCCUCCAUGUUUGGGUCGUAUCGAAAAUAUUACAGCGACCUAAGAGUUCGUAACUCGUAUAUUUGGAAUCUUGCUAUCUUUAGACAUGAAAAAAAUCGCUUGUGGUAUUGUGCUAAAUAUCGUAGCAGUUUGCUAGGCUCUUAGCCAAAUCGAUGCUUCCAAAGAUAGUAUACUCAUUUGACUUUAAAGAUGGAUUUGAUAA